GAAAGGUAAACGUUUAUGAAAUCACUGCUUUUAUUUUGAAAGGGCACACCACAGAAGGAUGUUACCAUCAAGCCCGAUGCGCCUGACACCCUCUUACUGGAGAAGCAUGCAGAUUAUAUUGCAUCCUAUGGCUCAAAGAAAGAUGAUUAUGAGUACUGUAUGUCUGAGUACUUGAGAAUGAGUGGCGUCUAUUGGGGUCUGACUGUAAUGGAUCUCAUGGGACAACUAAAUCGCAUGAAUAAAGAAGAAAUUCUGGCAUUUAUUAAGUCAUGUCAACACGAGUGUGGUGGAAUAAGUGCUAGUAUUGGACAUGAUCCUCAUCUUUUGUACACUCUGAGUGCUGUCCAGAUUCUUACUCUGUAUGAUAGUAUUAAUGUUAUUGACGUAAAUAAAGUUGUGGAAUAUGUUCAGAGUCUACAGAAAGAAGAUGGUUCUUUUGCUGGAGAUGUUUGGGGUAAUGUCAUUUUAAUUCAUUCUACCAAAUAUACCAAUCUUAAAUGUUUUGGUGCAUUGUUUUUUGUUUGUUUAUAGGGGAAGCUGGAUGCUAUUAAUGUGGAAAAGGCAAUUGAAUUUGUUUUAUCGUGUAUGAACUUUGAUGGUGGAUUUGGUUGUAGGCCAGGUUCUGAGUCCCAUGCUGGGCAGAUCUAUUGUUGCACAGGAUUCCUGGCUAUUACUAAUCAGUUGCACCAAGUAAACUCUGAUUUACUUGGGUGGUGGCUUUGUGAACGACAGUUACCUUCAGGUGGACUGAAUGGAAGGCCAGAGAAGUUACCAGAUGUAUGCUAUUCAUGGUGGGUGUUGGCUUCCCUAAAGAUAAUAGGAAGGCUUCAUUGGAUUGAUCGAGAAAAACUGCGCAGUUUCAUCUUAGCGUGUCAAGAUGAAGAAACUGGAGGAUUUGCAGACAGACCAGGAGAUAUGGUAGAUCCUUUUCAUACUUUAUUUGGAAUUGCUGGAUUGUCACUUUUGGGAGAAGAACAAAUUAAACCUGUUAAUCCUGUUUUUUGCAUGCCUGAAGAAGUACUUAGGAGAAUGAAUAUUCAGCCUGAACUAGUGAGCUAGAUUCAUUGAUGCAAAGUUGCUUAGUAUAAUUUUGUCAUCCUAAAAUUUCUGUUUUUGAAGUGCUUGUCAUACUUAAAAAUGACUGUUAAUAUUUUGUAUA